ACGGCAUGUCCGACUUACCUUCGUCCACACCAGCUGGCGAUGCGCCACCACCCAACAAAUUCUUCCAGAAAUGGCGCAGGGAAUUCUCGCUCCUUACUGGCCUUGGCAUAGAGUCUGGGGAUCGUAUCAAUACCAUUGAUCGCCGGAAAUGUGAAAACUGGAAGAGGGACCUUCUCAAUUACAGUCCAGCAGUGGUAUUCAUGGUCAAACAGUUGCAGCUUGCAGGCUGCAACGUGACACCGGAGCACUUACCAUGUACACCUUGCGAUCGUAGUCGCUCCGGGGGAUUCGCAUCCGACAUCGGCGCCGUUGUGCUCUGUCAAGGGAAUUACAUGGACAAAAAACACAUGGAACACACGAUGGUGCAUGAACUUGUACAUAUGUACGAUCAUGCAAAGUUCAAGGUCGACUGGAACAACCUCAGACAUCACGCCUGCAGCGAGAUUCGUGCUGGUAGCUUGAGUGGUGACUGUACUUGGAGAAGGGAGAUCGGUCGAGGAUUCCUUUCGUUCACAAACCAGCAUCAGGCUUGCGUCCGCCGACGGGCUAUCCUCUCGGUCAGCGUUAACCCGGCAUGUCCAGACCAUGCCACGGCUGAGCGAGUUGUGAAUGAGGUUUGGGAGAGCUGUUUCAAUGAUACACGGCCGUUCAAUGAGAUCUAUUAGGGUACACGUAAAGCUCCCUGUUGACCCUUUGAUCCUCACGGCGAGAUCGCAACGGGAACGCAAUUUGUAGCAUGCUGGUCAGUAUUAGAAAUCCUGUCUUCAGUUUUGCUGACGACGGAAGAAGUAUCUUAUGGCCGGUGUAUACUUCAUUCUCAUGUUUCGUGCAUCAAUUCUACUAGUACGCCUUUUUUGAUUAGAUUACAUGUGAAAAGAUC